CUACGUCACUUCCUGCGGGAUUUGGGACGCCCGGAAGUAGAGUGUGCAGCUCGCGCUGAAUUAAACCGAACAAGCAAACUUCAUUCAUUUCUUCAUUCAGCUUUUCGGCAGAAUUAGAGAGACUCUGACAAACAGUCCAGGUCACUCUGCUCCUCCAGGUGGACGUGUGCAUGUUUGUCACUGUAGCUUGUCACAUUUGCUUGAGAGUGUGUGCACCUUGUUAGUGCACGUGCAGCCGCAGCAGAGAGUGUGUGGGUGGGUGUGUGUGAGUGUGUGAGGAACCCGUGUGUGCCAUGUCAGUGUCAGUGAUCAUAAAGUGGGGAGGUCAGGAGUACUCCAUCAGUUCUCUGUCUGAGGAGGACACAGUGAUGGACCUGAAACAGUCGAUCAAGACCUUGACUGGGGUUCUGCCAGAGAGACAGAAACUACUGGGACUCAAGGUCAAAGGUAAACCAGCAGAGGAUGAGGUGAAGCUAGGCUCUCUGAAGCUGAAGCCAAACACGAAGAUCAUGAUGAUGGGUACCAGAGAGGAGAGCCUGGAAGAUGUACUAGCUCCCCCCCCAGAGAACGAUGAUGUGGUCAACGAUUUCGACAUCGAGGAGGAGGUUAUAGAGGUGGAGAACAGAGAGGAGAACUUGGCUAAAAUCGCCCGCAGAGUGAAAGACUACAAGGUGGAGGAGAUGAAUCCUCCCAGAGAAGGAAAGAGGCUUCUGGUUCUGGAUGUGGACUACACACUGUUUGAUCACAAGUCGUGUGCAGAGACAGGCCAGGAGCUGAUGAGACCAUACCUCCACGAGUUUCUGACAUCAGCCUACGAGGACUACGACAUUGUCAUCUGGUCUGCUACAAGUAUGAAGUGGAUUGAUGCUAAAAUGAAAGAGCUGGGAGUGACAGACAACCCUCACUACAAGAUCACGUUCAUGCUGGACAGCGCAGCAAUGAUCACGGUACACACACCUAAGAGAGGAGUCGUGGAGGUGAAGCCUCUGGGCGUGAUAUGGGGGAAGUACGGAGAAUUCUAUAACAGGAAGAACACCAUCAUGUUUGACGACAUCGGUCGGAACUUCCUCAUGAACCCACAGAACGGACUAAAGAUCCGACCCUUCAUGAAGGCCCACAUGAACAGGGAGAAGGACCGGGAGCUGUAUAAGCUGGCCCAGUACCUCAAAGAAAUCGCCAAGCUUGAGGAUUUCAGCGGUCUCAACCACAAACACUGGGAGAGGUACCUUUCUAAGAGGCAGCACCACUGAAGACAAACCACAUCCUCUGCAAAGACUUGAAGCCCCCUUUCCACUGUCAAGUCCUCACACAUCAACUACAACUAUUUGCUACUACAAGAUCCUCAUUUCAACCCUCUCAACAGAUCCUAUAUUAACCAACACUCCAAAAGCUCAGGACUGAGAUGGGCUUCCCAGUUUAUAUAUUUGCAUGUUAUUUGUCAUUUUUUUCCAAAUGUUGGCUUUUUUUUUUUUUAUAAUAAGACCACUAUCAGUCAGUGUGGUACUUGUUAAAUCCACCUGUGUGAGUUCAAGUCGUUCAGAGGUUUGAGGCUGCAUGCCCCAAGCCUUAGAGACCCAAACACUUCAACACUGACAUCAGUGAGCUGAAGUCCACAGUUUAAUAACCCGGAUCAUAUCUUGGACGCUUUAAAACCUGCUUGGUUUUCCAUCCGGGUUGAGCUCACAUCAUUUUAUAUUCUAGUUUCUGUUUGUCACAACUUGACCAAGCAAUUUAAAAGCACCAUAUCCCGGGCAUUAAGCAGUGUCCUAUCCCCCUUUUGUGAGAAGUUGAGAUGUCACUCUUCUUUAUUCUGAAAGGACUGAAAAAAAAGGAUGAAUAUGAGCAUUUAUUUUUUACUUCAGGUCUAACUGUCGUCCAUGCAAUAUCCAAAUUAAGUUAAAAAUGGUGGCCAAACUAUUCAUGCAGAUUCCACAAUCUCACAUGCAAUAAUCUUCAAACCACUGUGACACUGGAAGUCACUUAGAUUGAGACUGCUUGUAGAGAAACUGUCACAUGAUCCGAUCUGUACUGUUGGAGGGUUAGAGGAAGUCAUUCAUGGAUACUGUACACAUGCAUACUGUAGGGGUCCACAGGUGAUCCGCUGUCAGUGGGAGGAUGGGGAAGGCCUGUUCCUUGUUUUGUUGUUACAUGCCAGCUGUGUUGCAUUGCUGAACGCACACUGUCAGAUUUAGUUUUUUAUUCAGAAGACUUUUUUUGUUGUUGUUGUCGUUGUUAGCUUUUAUGAAAAAGUUCCGUUACAUAAAUGAUCAUGAACAAAGUGAGGACGAGGGAUGCUGCAAGAAACUGACCCCACUAAAUAUUCAAAAUACUGUGGUGUGGUUUUUCCACUCUUGGUAGGUUCUUUAAAGAGAUUCAUAUUUCUGCACUACUUGUCAGUGUUAUUUUAAGUUAUGGAUAAAGAAGUGGAAACGAGAGGAGGUGUUGCAUCUGAAGCUCUUGGAAACAUCAGGGAUGUGGUUUUUCAGAUUUUGUCAGGUUUACAGUUCUCUUUCACAUUAAACUCCUUGAAUUUCUUGGGAUGAUCUCUUGAGAUCAGCUUUUUAGUGUUUUCCUCAUCACAUCCCUGACAUCCUGGCUGUAAAUAUGACAAUAAACCUUUUUUGUACCUAGA